AAAGUGAAAACGAGGUGACCUUGCCUAGUUGCCUCACUUCACGUCAUCACGUGAAAAAAGUUUGAGUAAAGGUUCAAAUUCUAGUGAAACGUCGUUUAUCUUACCAACUUAUCAAUUAUCAUUCCAACAAGUUUCUUUUAAACCCAAAACAGAAUCAUACGGAAUAGAAACCAUGGAGAAAGGAUGUGUUUGUGUAACAGGAGGGACGGGGUAUUUAGCAUCAUGGAUGAUCAAAAGGUUGAUUGAAGAGGGAUAUCUUGUAAAUACAACAGUUAGAUCUAAUUCAGCUAGCAUAGUCAUAGUGGAUGGAUUCUCAAAAAAAUUAUAAUUGUUAGGAUCUAUGAAAGAUGUGAGCUACCUGAAGGCUCUACCCGGGGCAUCAAAGAGGCUUAAGAUUUUUGAAUCGGAUCUAAGCAAACCCGAGACAUUUGAGGCACCAAUCAGAGGUUGCAUCGGGGUCUUUCAUGUUGCCCAUCCAAUUGAUUUUGUGGGCAAAGAACCCGAAGAAGUGAUAACAGAAAGAGCGAUCAAGGGUAGUUUGGGUAUUUUACAAGCAUGCAUUGAUUCAAAGACUGUUAAGAAACUGGUGUACACCUCUAGUGCAUGUGCUGUUGUAUUGAAUGGUAAAAAUACCAAUGAUGUGUUAGAUGAGGAUUGUUGGAGUGAUUUUGAAUACAUUCGUACUUGUCAUAAGGAAUUUGGAGCUUCCUAUUUCAUUUCCAAGACAAUGACCGAAAAAGCAACACUAGAGUUUGCUGAGAAAAAAGAAUUCGACGUUGUUACUGUUAUUCCAACGUAUAUCCAUGGUCCAUUUGUUGGCCCGCAUUGCCCAAACUCUGUACGUGUCUCAAUGGCUAUGAUAUUUGGUGAAACGGAUAACUAUAAGCUACUUAGAAAAACCGCUUUUGUACAUGUUGAUGAUCUAGCUAGGGCACAUAUUCAUCUUUUUGAGUGCCCAAAUGCCAAAGGAAGGUAUAUUUGUUCGAAAAUUGAAGUCACAAUCGAGGAGUUGUACAAACUAUUAUCAACCAAAUAUCCAAAAUAUAAUAUAUCAAAUAUCGAAUUUUUGAUAGAUGCCCAGAAAAUGGAGUUUCCUAGUGUCUCGUCCAAAAAACUCUUAGGCACUGGCUUCGAGUUCAAGUAUGGGCUUGAAGAAAUGUUUGAUGAUGCAAUUGAAUGUUGUAAACAAAAAAAUAUAUUAUAAAAUAUAUAUAUAUAUAUAUAUAUAUAUAUAUAUAUA